GAGGCGGCGCUUGAGGUUCUGAAGAGCAUCGAAAAGGAGGGGUUGACGCCGACUCGAGUGUCCUACAAUGCAGCUAUGAGCGCUCUCACUAGGAAUGGCAGAUGGAGAGAGGCGCUUUCCAUGUUCGAUUCGGUUUUCUCGCAGACAGAGAGGAACAAGGUGGCUGCCCGGUCUCUCAGGCCAGAUACUGUCACCUUCUCUACUGCGAUCUCAGCCUGUGCCAAGGGAGGAGAGUGGCAGAGGGCGAUGAACAUGUACCAUGAGAUGGAGGCUCAGGGGAUAGAGCCGAACGAGUUCACUUUCGCUGCUUUGAUCACGGCGUGUGAGAAAGGAGGACAGGUGUCGAAAGCUUUUGAGGUUUUUGAACGGAUGCAAGCGCGUGGAAUUGUUGGAAACGUGUACACGUUCACCGCAGCCAUCUCCUCCUGUGAGAAGUUGGGGGACUGGCAGAGGGCGCUGAAGCUCCUCGAGGAGAUGAUAGCCAAGGGCAUUCAGCCAAACCUGCAGGCUUACUCCGCCGCCAUCUCUGCUUGUGAAAAGGCUGCGGAAGCUCGUCCUGCCCUCGGCCUGCUUGAAAGGAUGACCAACGAAAAGAUCAAGCCCGACAUCAUCGUGUACAGCGCUGUCAUGGCAGCGUGCGGCAAAGCAGGACUUUGGGAGCCAGCGGCAAGAAUCUUUCAGAAAAUGAAGAGGGAAGGACUGACUCCCGAUGUGGUCGCGUACUCGACGCUGAUCCAAGCAUAUCAAAGAGCGGGAGAGUGGAGCAGAGCGUUGGAAGUCUUUCAGCUCAUGGAGAAGGCAGGGGUUCGACCCAACGUGAUCGCCUACACCGAAGCGAUCGCUGCAUGUGCCAAGGCAGGGGAGUGGAGAAGAUCGUUGGGGCUCCUAGAGAGGAUGAAAGCAGACAAGCUGCGUCCGGAUGCAGUGGCCUACAACUUUGUUAUAUCGGCGCUGUCCCGAGGAGGCCAGUGGGACGCAGGUCUCACCCUGCUUCAGAUGCUAGAGGAGGAUGAAGCUCAGCCCAACAUCUCGACUUACUGCACGGUGAUCAAAGCUUGUGGAGACAACGGACAGUGGGAAAAAGCACUU